AUGGCAAUCACGACUGUGGACUUCAAGUCCUUAUCCCUGUCGUCUGUUGGUUCUGUCGCCACCACACUUGUCUCUCACUAUCUUGUGACGGUGUUCAUCUGUUUCGUUAUAGGAUAUAUAGUAUAUCAACGAUGUUUUGCGCCUCUGGCUGGGGUACCUGGACCUUUCUGGGCGAGUCUAGGGAAAGGGUGGUUGAUUGUGAGGGCGAAGAGAGGCGAUCUGCACCGGGAGUUGAUUCGGUUGCACGAGUUGCAUGGACCGUUGGUGAGAGUUGCGCCAAAAGAACUGAGCGUAGCAGACCUCGAUGGUAUAAAGAUGAUCUACGGCGCCGGUUCUCAAUUCAACAAGUCGGACUGGUACUCGGUCCUCAAGGGUCACCGUACCUUUGACCCCUUCGCUGAACAAGACCCUCACGUCCAUGCCGCACAAAAGAAGUUGGUCAUUCGCCCUUAUGCUAUGGAGACACUCAAGGAUCUUGAACCCUACGUUGAUUCCACAAUCUAUCACUUCGUCACCCGCAUGCGCGAAAAGAUGUCUUCUCAGAUCGAUCUAGGCCACUGGUUCCAGAUGUUCGCUUUUGAUGUCAUUGGUGAGAUCACAUUCUCGAAGCGCUUUGGCUUCAUGGAUACCGAACAUGAUGAUGGCAGUCUGAAGUCUGUGGAGAGCACUUUAGCUUCUGCAUCUUGGCUAGGGCACGUACCUUGGGUAUUCUGGACUCACGACUAUCUAAAGCCCUACAUUGGCAACUGGUUAGGUGUCACCAACCGUACGGGCAGCCUGAUGCAACGCGCCCUCAAGGAGGUCGAAGAGCGCAAAGUACGCGGUACAGACCGCAAUGAUAUUCUCGAAAAGUUCUUCCGUCUGCAAAGAGAAAAACCUGAUCAAGUCACCGAUGUAGCCGUUAUCAGUAUGGCUGCUGCGAACAUCACUGCUGGUUCUGAUACCACGGCGAUUUCACUACGGAGUAUCAUCUACCACUUGCUACAAAACCCACAACAUUUGGCUACGCUAAGGCAAGAGAUUGAUCAAGCGCAAAGGGAACACAGACUCAGUGAUCCAGUCACCAUGGAAGAAGCAGAAAAGCUACCCUUCCUCCAAGCAACCAUCCUCGAAGGUCUUCGCGUUCAUCCAGCCAUUGGCGGCCUCUUGCCUCGCCGCGUUCCCCCCGGCGGCUGCGUAAUCGCUGGCCGUUACAUCCCUGCCGGCCAUGUCGUUGGCGCCUCAGCAUGGGUAGUCAAUCGCAACACUACAGUCUUUGGGCAUGAUGCUAGCGAGUUCAAUCCUCAUCGCUGGCUCAAAGGUAAUAAAGCUGAGAUGCAAAGGUAUUUCCUCACGUUUGGUGGUGCGAGUCGCAUGUGUUUUGGACGAAACAUCGCAUUCAUGGAGAUGACGAAAAUGGUACCGACGUUUUUGAGGUGGUUCGAUGUGAGGCUUGCGGAUCCGAGUAGACCGUUGGUUGAGAAGAAUUUCUUUUUUGUCUUGCAGGAAGGCCUUAUUGUCAAUAUCAAACCUAGAGAUGGAAGCACCGAAGAACAACAGGCUAAUGAGGGCGCUGAGAAGGAAGCUGAUGGGUUUUAG